UCUCUCUGGGGAGACCGCCCAUUGACUCAAGCAAAUUGAAGUCAAUCGGGCAAAACACAGAUCAAAAUUGUAAGUGUGAAAUCGUUGACAACAAGUUAAAAGCUCAAUCCGAUCUCUCUCUCUCUCUCUCUCUCUCUCUCGCUCGCUCGCUCGCUCUCUCUCUCUGCAGGGAGACCGCCAUGGCCAAUAUUGUUGUUGUUCUCCUGCAAAUGCUUUUAGGACUCAAGGUCCUAUCCAUACCAACACUGGCUGUAUUCCUGAGCAUAGAUUGUGGCUCCUCCGAUUCUUUCACUGCCGCAAAUAACAUCACAUGGGUAGGAGAUGAUCUCUACAUUAAAGGCGGUGAAAGCCAAACUGUUCAAAGUGCAGAUAAUUCAUCAUCAGUUGCUCGUCAAUACACAACUCGGAGAGUAUUCCCCACCAGAAAGAAGAAUUGCUACUCUAUAGGCGACGUUGGGAAGGGAGAGCGUGUUUUUCUCCGUGCAUAUUUUUACUAUGGAAGUUGCAACAACAAUGAAACAUCAUCUUCACCAACUUUUGAUCUUCAGUUCGACGGCAACCACUGGACUUCCGUGGGCGGUUGCAUAACAGACCCAUUUUACUACGAAGUGAUAUAUCUUACCAAGUUUGAUGCCGUAAGUUUAUGCGUUGCUCAAACAGAUCCUGAUCACAUACCAUUUAUUUCUGCAAUUCAAGUAAUAAGCUUAGACGUUGGCAUGUAUAGCAAGGUUGAUUCGACUUAUCCAUUGUUUAUGAGGCGGAGAGCCAACUAUGGCGGAGAUAAAUUUGUGAGGUACCCAGAUGAUAAAUUUGACCGCAUUUGGAGGGCAUUUCCAGGAAACAGUGACCUAGUUGCUAUUAAGAAUUACAGCCAAGUUAUAGUUGCAGACCUUCCAAAUAAACCUCCGGAAUCUGUGUUACAGACAGCAAUUAAAAGCUCAAAUUUAUCUGCUCCUGGUAUUGGCAUAUUGAUCCCUAGUUGGUUCUACGUUGGUGAUAAGGAUGAGAUCACCCUCUACACCAUUUUCUACUUCUCAGAAUUAGAGCAGCUCAAUUCGUCGGAGCAGCGAUCUUUCACGCUUUAUCUGAAUAAAAUAAAUAUCUCUGAUCCCAUAACCCCACCUUAUGGAACUGCUUUGGAGUUUGAUUUAACCACAAAUGUUUCUUAUGCCGAUCAAGAGAACGCACGCUACCGUCUCAUCCCACCAUCUGGUUCUACUCUCCCGUCGAUAGUCAAUGCGAUGGAGAUCUUUCAAAUCGGCCACAUCCUAACAGAUGGAACAAAUGACAACCAUGUAAAAGCGCUAUCUGUACUACAAAAAGCUUUUGUUCAACUUCAAAGUUGGAGCGGGGACCCCUGUCUUCCAAACGGAUUCCCCUGGGAGUGGGUUGAAUGUACUAAUGAUAGUGUGACACCUCAAAUAAUGUCAUUGAAUCUCAGUAACUACGGACUUCAAGGAUCUCUCCCAGAUUUUAGCGCCUUGGACACUCUCCAAAUGAUAGACUUGAGUAAUAACAAUUUAAGUGGAGAAAUUCCUAGUUUCCUGGGAAACUUUCCCAGCCUGAACAUGCUAAAUUUGGCAAAUAACAGCUUUGGUGGAUUAAUACCCUCCUCACUCACCAAUAAUUGCAACUUAAAACUAGUUUAUUCAGGUAACCCGAAUUUAUGUGCUCCAAAUCAAUCGUCUUGUGUUAAUAACGGAACUUCCAUUUCGUCAGCCUCCACCAGUAAAAAUUUGGGAACCACAAUUGGCAUUGUAAUUCUAGUGUUGGUUCUUGUUUCUUUUUGAAGUACCUUCAGUCUGUAGAAUUCUAUAAUAAAUCAAUUUUACCUUAUA